UGGCGCUCGGGCUUCCAGCCCGGUCCUCGCACUUGAGCUCCGUACGAGCGCUCAGCCGAGCGGAGCCGUUCUGAACUUCGCGUUUCCGUCGGUGGCCGAAAUCUUUCCGUAGCCGUUUUUGGGUCCCUUCUGGCCCCGUUCGCUCAGGUUUGGGGGCAGACGGGUUAGUUACGAGUGGGCUUUCUCGUGGCUCUCGGCAUCUAAGGAACAGCCUUACACCAGCUUUGAUAUACCUGCCCUUGGGACAGACCUGGAUACGAGCAGAUUUUAUCUCCCUCUUUUUACGGGUAGGAAAACAAAGACAGCACUGAGUGACUUGCCCGAGGUCACGCAGGAGACCUGUGGCAGACCCGAGACUAAACCCCGGGCUGCUCUGUCCCGAUUUCCGGUUCGGUGCUUCAGCGACAGGACUGCUCUCCUCCCUGGGCCGCGGAGGGUGGUUCGGUCCAACACCCGGCGCCGUCAGGUUAAAGUCCCGCCUCGGCCAAGCACGGCGGCCAGCUCGUGAUCAGGGCUCCUGCCGUAGCCGCCGCUGUACGGUGGCCAGGCUCGUCGCCAGGUGCCGGCGGUCCGCGGCCUCCCUGUGCCGCGCGGCCGCUCGGGGAGGGGAAGCGGUGCGGUGCGGUGCGAGGGGCGCGGGUCCCGGGCGGAAGGCGGGGACGCUCUCGUCUGGCAUCGCCUUCGCCCGGGUGGCUGGCGUUUCUGAGGAGUGACUACGCAGGCUCGCGCUGCCGUGUUUUAAACUCCAUUCUCCGGCUUUGAGCACAGGAGGGGCUAGUUUCUCAUCUGUGCUUUGAAAACUCAAGCAACAAGUGUUUUUUUUAUGAAGGACUCUCUCCUUUUCCCACGACUGGGGGGAAGCUUCUCGGGGAGAGGUAAUAUGUCUCCUUAGACUGACUGAUGUACCUGGAAAAACCCUAUGCGAGCCCCUCUUCGGAUAUGUUUUCCGGUUUCUGCUCCCAGAUGGAGAAGACUUCUGCCUCGCUGUGAGCUUUCUCCUCCUGCGUCCAGCGCGGCGUGGUCGUUCCGCCCUGAAUCUCAAUGCAACUGAAGCGACUACUGACACUUUAAAGAUGCGUGCGAGCAAGGAAGAAGAACUGGAAAACGAUACAUUAAGGAAAUAUUCCAUUUUGCAGAGCCGUGCUGGCGCAGCUAAAAGAGAGAUCCCAUCUGCACCCAGGAAGUUGAGGUUUGCUCUGGAGAGGUUCAGUGGCAAAUAUGAACAUUUGUCCACAUUUGACAACAACUCCUUGGGACACCAUGAAUUUGCUGGAAUCUAGACCACAGAGCAUUUGCAAUAGCACUUUUAAAUUUUAAUUUAAUUUAAAUUAAAAAAAAAUCAUCUGGAUUAAUUGUAGUCAUGGCUAGCAAAAGAAAAUCCACAACUCCCUGCAUGAUACCGGUAAAAACACUGGUGCUUCAGGAGACUGAACUGGAUGCUGUAGAAGAUGAUCGUGAAGGAACUCAACAGGAUGUUCCUCCUGAAGUACCAGCAGCUAGUGAUGCUGGUGCAAGUAACAGUAAUAACGGAGCAUUACCUAAUGGGCACCGUGGUAUUGCUGAUAGUGAUACUUAUGUGUGCAAGUACUGUGACUUUGGAUCUCAAGAUGUUCAUCAUUUCAUUGGGCACCUGGACUCUGAGCACUUAGACUUUAGCAAAGAUCCUGUGUUUGCGUGUGUUGCAUGCAGCUUUCUGGCAAAAAGCCAGGAAGGGCUCUCACACCACAAUGCAGAGUCACAUGCUGGUGAAACAAGCUUGGUUUGGAGUGUGGCUAAGAAGGAUAAUCGUACAACUGUGGAACAAAGUCUCUGUGAUGCCAUCAGCAGCCACGACCUUCCAGGAGAGGUCCCUGAAGAAGUGGUGGAUGGUCAGUCUGAAAUUAUCAUCACCAAAACCCCCAUCAUGAAGAUAAUGAAAGGUAAACCUGAGGCCAAAAAAAUCCACACGCUGAAAGAGAAUGUAUCGAAUCAACUGAGCAGUGAAUCAGAGGUGAAAGAUGGAGAGCACUCGUUCACAAAUGGGUCCGUGCCGGUCAGCCAGUCCACUGCAAGUUCAGCAAAAUCAUCUCAUAUAGUGAAUGGCUCCAUCAUAGGAAACGUGCCUGUUUUGCAGGCUGGUGUUGCACAACUUGUUUCACUGCCGCAGCAACCACCAUUGCAUCAGCAGCUACCUACAUCCAAAUCCCUUCCCAAGGUGAUGAUUCCCUUGAGUAGCAUUCCAACAUACAAUGCAGCCAUGGACUCUAACAGCUUCCUGAAAAACUCUUUCCACAAGUUCCCUUACCCCACAAAAGCUGAGCUCUGCUACUUGACUGUGGUGACAAAAUACCCAGAAGAGCAGCUGAAGAUCUGGUUUACUGCACAGAGGUUGAAACAAGGCAUCAGCUGGUCACCAGAAGAGAUAGAAGAUGCCAGGAAAAAGAUGUUUAACACAGUUAUUCAGUCUGUGCCACAACCCACAAUUACAGUUUUAAACACACCAUUAGUUGCAAACCCUGGGAAUGUCCCGCAUCUUAUUCAAGCAACUUUACCUGGCCAUGUGGUCGGGCAGCCAGAAGGAACGGGGGGCCUGCUCGUUACACAGCCGAUAAUGACAAAUGGAUUGAAAGGAACCGGUUCCUCCUUCACAUUAGCAGUGACUUCAGUUCCCAAGUCGCAGCCCGUGACGCAGCACAACACAGUGAGUUCCAAUAGUGCAUCAACAGUGAAAGUGGUCAAUACUGCCCCGUCUCUGCUCACUGCAUGUCCAGCCAUAUCUUCACAAACUUUCCUAGACCCCAACAUUUACAAAAACAAAAAGUCCCACGAGCAGCUGUCUGCAUUGAAAGGCAGCUUUUACAGAAAUCAGUUCCCUGGCCAUGCCGAAGUGGAGCGGCUGACAAAAAUUACAGGCCUUUCUGCGAAGGAGAUUCGAAAAUGGUUUAGUGAUAGGCGAUACCAUUAUAGGAAUGUGAGAGGUGGUAGAGCCAUGUUUGCUGGAGAUACUCUUGAUUCUCUGCCUGAAAUAACUUUUGACAUGUCACCCAAAGGAACAGAGUUAACUUCUACAACAGCAGCAACACCUGUCACUCAUCACCAAACAAGACGACAAUCCUGGCAUCAGACACCCGACUUCACACCAACAAAGUACAAAGAGCGAGCGCCAGAGCAGCUGAAGGCACUAGAGAGCAGUUUUGCACAAAAUCCUCUUCCUCCAGAUGAAGAGGUGAAUCGCUUGAGGAGUGAGACAAAAAUGACACGCAGAGAAAUUGAUAGCUGGUUCUCUGAAAGGAGGAAAAAAAAGGUGGCAGAAGAAAAUAAAAAGGUAGAGGAAACAGUUCAGCAGGAGGAGGAAGAGGCUGAAAAUGGUUGUGGAGAAGAAGACUCUUCAGAUGACCUGAGGGCCUCAAGUGAAAAUGGCUCAGUCGAUGCAUCUACCAACAACCCAAAUUCAGCAGAGCGGAAAGUGAGUCCCAUUAAAAUCAAUCUGAAAAACCUCCGAGUGACAGAGUCCAACGGCAAAGGCGAAUUACCAGGGAUUAGUGCAAAUGAGAAAGGGGAUGGCAGCUCCAGCCGGCCACCCACUCCUCAGAAAACCAAACUGAACUUUAAAAAGACAGCCCAGCAGCGGCAUUUGCUUAAACAAAUGUUUGUGCAGACACAGCGGCCAACAAACCAGGAAUAUGAUGCCAUAGUUUCCCAGACGGGCCUGCCGCGGGCUGAGGUAAUUCGCUGGUUUGGAGAUAGUCGAUAUGGCUAUAAGAACGGGCAGCUGAAAUGGUAUGAGAACUACAGGCGUGGUAUUUUCCCUCCAGGCUUGGUAGAAAUCAGCCCUGCCGGUAGAGAGGUCUUGGAGGACUAUUACAGAAAGCACAAGGGGCUGCAGGAAGAUGACCUGCAGAGCCUCUGCGAGCGGUCCCAGCUGAACGCCCCGCAGGUGAGAGUCUGGUUUGCUGUGAAGGCAGAGGAGGAGACCAGGGGCUCAUCCGACACAGGCAGCGAAGACCGGUACCCGAGCACUGGCGAACAAGCGGGAAGCCAGAAAGGGCCGGGGCCGUACGACGCCUGCUCGGAGGUGUCUGAGAACAGCGAGUCGUGGGAGCCGGGCGGCCCAGAAGGCAGCGCAGAGGCCCUGGAUGCCCCCAGGCAGCCGCCCGUGGUGCAGCUCGAAACAGACUGAACUCAAAUCACCUGCCCUGGAGGAUCUGCUCUUACCCUUGAGAAGAUGUUUCUGUUUUUCUAAGAAAUCCAUGGGCCGGCCUGAUGCACACCUCAGGAGCAGGACAUGGUGUUAAAGCACUGCCGUAAACGAGACCUUUGAGUACAGCACAUCAGAGUGAGAGUACGUGCGAAAACUGGGCACUUAGUGCAGAGCUCCCUGUGGCCUAACCUAGGCGAUGGCUGAGAGCUGGCAGAGGUGGGGGCUGUGAGCUCGGCUCGCGCCCAGGAAAUAGGAUGUUCUUAUUUGCUUUCCAGUGGACAGACUUUCAGAUUUCAUAUUCGUAUACUGAUGCCUACAGCUGCCUAUACAAGCAUAAUGAAUCUCAGACAUUGUGUAAACAAGGUCAUUGCUUUAGAUAUGGACUAUCAUGGCACAAUACUUUUUUUUUUUCAUCUGUCCAUAAGGUGUUUGUUCUCUAAAGGUUGGCAUGGCUGCAUAAAUGCUCUCUAACCUUUGGUCCUUAAGCCCUGAUAAUGAAGGGUUUUGUGUGUGUGUGUGUGUGUGUGUGUGUGUGUGUGUGUGUGUGUGCACCUGUGUGAGUGUGUGUGGGUUAGGAGAGGUAUCUGAGAAGAAUACUGCCAGUCUUGCAUUAAAGUCAAGUGGAAGUUCAGUGAGAGUUUCAUCCCUCAGGAUGAGGUUAGAUUUAGCUUGUAUACCCUCCAAUAGCUAGCAGGUCUAAAACCCAGAAAACCCAUGAGAUGGAGUUUGGUGUCAUUUGUCCCUUGCUGGCUAGAGUAUUUUUUCCUCCUCUGCUCUCGGAGACUCACUGUAGCAGGCUGUUAUCUCUCCAAGUCUCCCUUUAAUCACUGAGAACUAGCACAUAAUAAUUUUUCCAUCCUGACCUGGAAUCCUUUUCAUUGUUUGGAGAGAACAGGCUGUUCUUGAGGGAACAAAUGCAGAGAAUACGCUGUGUUGCUGCUGAUGGCUCGAGCCAUUGUUGUCUCCAAGGGAUCUGUUCGGCAGGCAACUCUUCUGUAAUCAGGAAGCUUGCCUGUCACAGCCCUACGUGACAGAUCCUGCUGCAGCGACGCUGGUAACUUCAAGUAUUUGCCCAAGUCUUUUUCUUCAGGCCAUCUACAGGUGUUCUGGCUUCACGUGAAAGAGCGAAAUAAAUUUCCCAGUUAAUUUUUGGUUUCCUGGUUCUUAGUACCUGUACCUUUUUAACAUGCCCGUGUUAUCUUGGGUGGUUGCUGUGUGAUACAACUACUUGAAGAUUUUUUUUUUUAUUCCUUUCUAAUAGAAACCAAGGUCUAGAAGGGAACUCUUGAGCUACAUAGUCCAGCCAAAUGCAGUGUCAGACCAUUCUGUCAUAGACUAAUCAAACCCCAGGUCAAAAUUAGUUCCAUGUCUUGCCUUCAUUUUUGCUCUUGGAAGGCUAUUCCAGAACUUCACUGCCUUUGAAUGGUUAGAAACUUUAUUUAAAUCUCUCAUUUGAAUUAGUUCGUGGCCGGUUCAUUCCUGGUUUGUUUUGAAGCCAACACUGUCCUUUAACUUAAAUAGUUUUUGCUGUUUAUCCACUGAUGUAUUUAUGGAGAGUAGUCAUAGCUCCUCAUUUUUGCCAAGCUAACUCAGCCAAGUUUUUUCAGUAGAAGGUUUUUAUUUAGUGAGAGCUUUUUAAUGUGGGAGACUUUAUUGUUGGUGGUAAAUGAUAUGUGUUAGAAGGGUGGGUAGCAAGCCCCAAAAGAUCGGAUCCAGAGAUUUACAAAAAAUCUGUUUUAAAAACAAAAACUCUUCCAGAACCUCUUCCAAAGAUGGUGUCUGAUUUCUACCUUUAAUUGCCUUUGCUUUUCUAAUUCUUUCUUCAUCCCCUCUGUAAGAGGCUGCCUUACUCAAAUAUUAGGAGCUCAGUGCUUUGUCUGCAGUAGAGGGCUUCCUCGCCCAGCGGUACGUGCCUACAUCGUAGGUGCCUGCAUCUGAGCUCGCGCAGGCUCCUAUUGCAGUCAGUGGGGAUCUGACUGUGCAGCACAAGGUGCAACUCCUGCAACCCAGCAUAAGCGUCUACUUUAAAAGAAGAUGAACUGCACCCUAAAAAGAGCCAGGAGUGACUUGCUCAGAUGCAGACACCUGCGCCGUAACCACAUCCCCCCCUCCGCAGUCAGAUGAAUCCUCCCCCAAAUGCUAUGAGCAUGGGCAGUGGCACCAUGCUGACACCAGGCUCCAUAAAUUUCUUCUUCCUCAGAAGCACUAUUGCUGGUCAUGCCUUCGCUUGAGGCGUAACUAGCAGCCAUCCCACCUCUAAUGUGUGUCGUCUCAGCAGCACAUCGUGUCUCUGAGGCCGCAUUGCUCUCGCCCUGAAGAGCAGAGCUGGGUGUAAUGUGAAGACUGCCAGAGUCCCAAGGAUUCAGCCCUUGCAGGUGUAAUCCUGUAUACCCUGAAACUUUGCAGGUUGCGGGGGGAGCUGGCUGUUCCUAGAGCCAAGGACACGAGUUCUAGGAGUCUCGUAGCCCGAGAGUAUGAGUGUAUGUACAGUGUUACCUUCAGAGAACAAAUACAGGUAGGUAAUUUACUCUCUAUUGUCUAUGUACAUGCAGGUUUAUUUAAAUACACAUAUAUACAGUUCAGAUAUGCCAUUGAUUCUUUAUUGCAUUAAGAUGUACAUUAAAAAUGUACACUUUUACUAACUAAUUGCUAUAUAAAUAUGUUGGAAAUGUAGUUUGCCCAUUCAAGGUGAUUUUCUGUGGGAUUUCUGGUGUACACUUAAAGGCUUAUGCUAAUUGGAAGAGUGAUCCCCACUCCAUCUACAGAAAUGCUUAAGGAUUAUGGUAUACGCUGGUCUCUUCAAACCAUUUUUCCAUGCACUAGCUGAAAUUUUUUGCAUUUGGAUUGUAUUCGGCCAGUUUUGCAGAAAAAAUGAAAAGAGAAAUCUUGUGAGCUAGGGGGAGAAUUUCCCGGUGUACACAGAAAAAACAGCCUUGAGGGUUGGAAGCUGCUGAGGUUUUUGAGCUUUGUCUCCAUGCAUUCAUACAAGCACAGCAGGAGUUUUCUUUCUUUUGGGUCAGAGGAAUUUUAAAAAGUGGUUCCAUGCAGACUCCCCCCAUACGCAGCAGCUGGGUGAACAGGCUGGCAAGCCCUGUUGCAUGGGGAGGGUAAGAUUUGAAGACAAAUACUGAUAUACAGCUUUUGAAGCAGAAAUCAAAAAGUAAUUGAGUUCCCUAACUACCACAUUCUUUAUCUGCAUUUUUAAUUGACUUGAUAUUUCCUUGAAAAUUUAAGCUAAAGAUUUGAGGGUUUAGCUCUGUCGUCCUUUGUUGCCCUAUCACAUCAUUUCUGAAGCUGAAGAGAAGCAGGUGUCAUCUCCAAACAUACUCAGGUUUUGGUGCAGGACAUCAUUAGAAAUAUGUUUGCAUCUGAAACUGAAGGAAAUCAUUGAGAGGUGGCUUGACAGUCCCAGCAGCAGCUCUUCUGGUGUUAAGAGGAAGCGUCACCACAAUUCUACAUGUCGUGUGAAUAUUUAUCAUCAUUAAUCAAGGAUGACUGUGUUGACUUAAAGAGUUUAAGACAGAGGUCAUGCAGCCAGCAUCAGUAGGGAAGGGAAAUUAAUUUUUUCACCUCCAUCCGCUGUGUGUGAGCUUGGGUUUGAUAGACACAGUAGUAACCAUCAUUUUUAAUCCAUGUGAAUCUUGUUACUUAUUUCUCUGAGGCUGCUUAGAUUAAGGUCACAAUCCAAUUACUUAAUAGCCUGAAACCCUGCUUUGUGCUGUACCUGUCUCACUCAUGUAAAGGGCUGCUGGUUCUCCUGAUGCAAGGAACAGAGUUGGUUUAUUUGUUAAUAUCAGCAGGGUCCAGAUGAGAUUUCUCGACACAGCUCUGUGUUUUGUAUAGGCGGCUUAUUUUUCUGUUCCUUAACUAGUAUCCUGGAAAUCCUUUUUUAUUAUUUUUUAGCAGAACACUAAACAAACCAUGAUUUACAGGAGCCUAUUUCCAUUUGCCUGAGAGCGGAGUGCUGCUGCACAUCAGGCCCACAGCCAGAGGAAUGGACGCAAGUGCUUGCUUCAGCUUCAGGUAUUUAAAGCAGCUGCCUGGCCCUCUCUGCUGGGGGCUUGCCGUGGUCACUGUGAGAAGCUGUCAGCAGAAGCAGCAGCUGAUGGCAGCUGCGACUAGAAAUCCUGUAGACAGGCCCACAGCUUAAUGCAGAGCCUUAACCCGACAGUGACACUCGCGCAGAAGCUGGAGCUGCAAAAUAUCUGCUUGGUUUAUUCUUGCUAGUCAUCCCCUGUCUGUUCAGGAGGAUGUGGAAGGUUGGGUGUUUUUUUUUCCCCUCCAUUUAGUGUUUUUUUUUUUUUUAAUGGAAAAGCAACAAUUUUAGUUACAGGGAGAAGUUUGCACUCUCCCCCGCUGCAAUCAGUCUCCUGUUAAGAGACAUUAUGCAGGAAACCUGAUUGGAAGGUGAUGUCAGGAAGCUGGGGUAAAUGGUAACCAGAAGGGAAGGUGUUUUUCAGCACUUUAGGCACAAAUUGGGAUGGUAAGAUGAUACUGCACCUUCCCAUGGUAUUUCAUAAUCAAGUUGGUUUUAUUUAAAAAUGCUUUAAACUGCUCUUGCCGGCUUCACAUUCUGAAUCAUUCUAUGGACUGAUGUGAUUCAGCUCACAGGGGAGUCCAAUGGGGACACAUCAGGCAAAACUACAACUAGGGGGGGAAUAGACUUGUGAUCUGUACUCUUUCUUUUUUUUUUUUAAUUUUUUUCAAGUUUAGUUUCUGCUGUAUCCUUCACUGGCAAUGGUCCCUGCCAGGAAUACUGAAUCGGAAUCACAAAACUUUAAAGCAGAGCAAAUGAACUCUGCUAUCUAAGCAGUGAUUUUUUUUUCCUUUUCCCUUUUUUUUGCUUGUUCCAGUAAAGAGUGCUCUAUGGGCUCAAGUUGGCCAUUUUUUUUUUUUUGAUGGUGUGAUUAAAGACAGUUUUUCCUGUACUGAUGAUGGUGGUAAUAGCAGGACUCUUGCUUACUGGUGCUAGUGAAGGUUGGGAUAGGAAUCCAUGGCAUAGAAAACUUUUUGCUAAAAAUUGCACUUUCUCUCUGUGCCCCAUCUGGCGCAUGGUGUUGUUAUGGGUACGUGGCCCUGUUUCCCCUUGCACAUACUAACAUUGCACUAAAAGAGAGCCUUUGGAAACAGCGUGUUGAUCACUUUGUUUCUCGCCAGACCACAAAGUCAGCCUAAUGGGGUCUUUUUGUUUUGUUUUGUUUUAAUUAUUGUUAUUUAGAAAUCAUGCUGGUGCUGAAUGACCUGGAAUUUUUGCUUGGAUUUAUCCAAAGGAAAAUGUAAUUGUAGCUGCAACGGGACCUUUCAUAAGGGUGGCCGUGUAGCUAGGGGCAGAGCAAAGUCUCUGCUGCGUAACUGUCUUUGUACCGGGGAAGGCCGGGGGCGGGGGGGUUAUUACUGUGUUUUUUAAGACCACAAUUUUGGAUGGUCACCUGGGAAAUGUGUGAGACAGGAGCUAGUUUUUACUUUUGGUAAAGGUUUUAAAGAGAAAAAAGUGAAGCUGCCUGUGAUUGUGGGCUGUGGCUAUUACUAGGGCUAGGGUAGCUUGUACCUGCUAUGGACUUUACCUGCUCUUAUUCUGAGGGCAAGAACUCCCUGUAGCAACGAUGCCACUUCUGAGAAGUGAAUGGCAAGUUUCCCUUCCUUUUGUAUAUGUGGAUGUGAGGGUGGGAGAGGGGAAGAGCUUGCUUGUACAGUUUGUUGAAAUGAAACCAGACAUUUUUGGUUGUUCCUAAAUAAAAGAGCGUAAAAUAUGAACAA